AUGUUGGAUCAGAGUGAGCCUUUGAUUGUCCUUGUAUUAAUGAUAAGUCAUGCAUUUUAUUUUGGGAAUGGUCUUCAGCAAAAAGUUGGAUUUCUAGACUGGCCAGAGGAUUGCGGCAUCCCACAGUUCUUGCCGAAUGUAGCUGGAAGGAUUAUAUCUGGGAAUGAAGCACGUCCACAUUCCUGGCCAUGGCAGGUCUCCCUACAGGAGCGUCGUCAGGGGAGUAAAUCCUACAGCCACAUAUGUGGAGGAACACUCAUUCACAGCCACUGGAUCCUGACUGCAGCACACUGCUUUCAAAAAGGGAAAAGGAAAGCAGUGGAUACAGCUAAUUGGCGCAUUGUACUUGGUAAACACAACCUGAAUCAUUCAGAACGAACCGAAAAGAUCUAUCGUGUGAAAAGAAUUUACAGACACGAGCGCUUUUACUACCCGCGCCACAGUGAAAUUGACAAUGACAUUGCCUUGGUCAGAUCAGCAGUGGCCAUUUCACAAAACAACUAUAUCCGAUAUGCUUGUAUGCCCAAGAAGGACAUCCGACUACAGUCUGGUCAGCCAUGUUGGGCCACAGGAUGGGGUGCAACAAGAGUACAAAAGGAAAAUGUUGUUUUAUCUGAAGUGCUGAACCAAGCCAGAAUGCCAAUCAUUGAUCAUCAGACCUGCAAAAUGAAGAAGUUCUGGGGGGAUCGAGUGCGUAGCACAAUGAUUUGUGCUGGCUUGAAAGAUAUAGAGGGGUCUCCUGCCGCUUGUCAGGGAGACUCUGGUGGCCCUCUUCUUUGCCAGAACAGCUCAGGUAAAUGGGAAGUUCAUGGUGUGGUCAGUUUUGGACCCAUGGGCUGCAUUGGUGAGAACAAGCCAAGCGUAUUUACCAGAAUCACCGCCUACCUCCCCUGGAUUGAGAAAACAAAAAUAAGAGAUUUUUUCUUAGACUGA